AUGCAGAGGAAGAAAAUUGUCAGAGUGAAAAAGACAAAAAGCGGGAGAAGAAAGAAAAGCGGGAAACGAGAGCCCAAAACGGACAAAGACUUGGACUUGGAUAAGGCCAAAGCUAAUAUUGCCCUGUGGGAGUUAAGGCUUCGACUCACCGAGCAAACGCUUGCGGAAUAUCGCGAGAACUGCGGCCAGCUUGCGCGGGUAAAUGCCGAGCUGAGCAGUAAGCUUUCAAACGCGGAGCGGGAACUCCUGGACACCACUGCCAACUGGCAAAGGCGGGAUGCCGCCAAAGAUGAGAAGAUUAAUGCGCUUCAUGAUGCACUCAAAAGUCAAGAGGCCCUAGCUCUUGAGCAGCAGAACAAAUUGGUUGAACAUUACACUCUUGAAAUCAACGAGAUGAAGGAGCUGUACCGAAAGCGAGCGAGUGAGUUUGAGACGAUACAGGAUGGAAUGAGGAAGAUCGAGGCAUUCCAGACGAGGAAAGUUCAGAUGGAACAAGAGCUCAGAGAAACACGAAAAAGAAUGGAACUCGCCGAGAAAGAGCACAGGGAAAACCGUGACGAUAUGGAGUGCCGAUUUUUUCAAGAAAAGGCUCGACUGGAGAAGGACGCUGAGCAAACGAUAGCGCAGGUGGAGGAGCAAGCCCACCGUGAAGCCAUUUUACAGCUGGACGACGCUUCGCGCUGUGUGUUCAAGGAGAACGUCCGGCUGAAUGAGACACUUAGGCACCACAUGAAGGAGGCAGAGGAGCUGCACAAACUGACCAAGUCGUUGGCAAAGGAAAACACAUCCCUGGCACUGGACAAGAAGACACUGCAGAUGCUGGCAAAGAAAAAUGCAGCUCUGAUGGUCACCCAAAAAGAAGAGCUUACCCAUUUGAAAGAGAAGAUAGCUCUUCUGGAGCGAAAUGCAGAAGAUAAGAGGGACGAACAAGAGCGCUGCGAGAAGACGAUGCUGCUCAUCACCCAGGCCGGUGAGGCAGAGCUAGACAAGCUUCAGAGGGAGCUCUCCGCGCGGGAGAAGGAACUGAAGCGUAUCAAGGGGCUAGCUAGCGCCGUCAUGGAGCAACGCUCCGAGCUGGAGCGCUUUUUCCAUGAGUCUUUGGUUCUGGUGAAGGAGGAGAUGGCGGCCAGUCGGCUGCAGUACAAGAAGGAAGCAGAGCAGGCUCACCGGUGGGCUCUCAAACAAGCAACAGCGGGAAGGAUGAAGUUCCCGCCCAUCCGCACCUUCCAAAACACUCCGCACAGCACCAACUCUGUAUACUCAGAUAUGGAGGAGGCCACAAAGUGGAUGCCUGUACCAGGAAGUAAAGUGGAAAUUUCAGACCUAACUUGGGAGCAAAAGGAGCAAGUCCUCCGUCUCCUGUUUGCUAAAAUGAAUAGACACAGGCCAAGGAGAGCCAACAAUCCAGCAGCGUCCUCGUCUGACAGUCGUGUCGCUGGCUGCAAAGAUGCUGUGCUGUGA